GUUCCGCGCGCCGGCCUGGCCCGUUGCUCGCUCCCGGCGGACACCCCCGCCACCGCGCCCGCGGAGCCGCUCGGGCCCGCCGCGCCAGCCCCGGGGCCCGCCUGGCGCAGAACCGGAGUCUUCUCUGCAUUACUAUCGGCAUUACCUUCAAGUUCACUUUUUCCACCCCUCCCGGAGCCGGCCUCCCCCUCCCCGCUGGAAUCUGGCGGCUCCGCUCGCAUCCUCCUCGUCGCCCGUGGCACAGAGAGCUGGCCGCGAGGCGCCACGACCGCGCGCGGCCCGGGGUGGAGGGGCUCGGCGGCGGGGGAGGGCGCGGGCACAUCCGGCGCGGGGGUGCCCAAGUUGCGGCGGAGCUGGGACCCGCCACCGCGGCCCCCGCGCGGCCAGGGCCACCGUCUGAGCGCCAGCCUCGCCCCCUGUCCGAGAGCAGCCAAGGCUGGAUACAUUUUUAAAAAGCCCAACUGCAAACAACUCUGGCGAUGCCAAAAUUUCCCUCCGAGUGACAGGGCUUGGGAGGAGGCUGCCUCCGGCUGUGCUAGCUCUCGGGUCGCCUGUGCCUCCUUGGAGACUAAGAAAGACUGUGCACUGGCGAGAUUGGAAAUUAGUGGGAAAGCUGCACUCAACUCUACCGUGACCUCAAACUCUGUGGACCGGUUUAAAGAAUAUCUACAUAUUGGAAGCAAAGUCGUGGUCAAGGAAGAUCUGCAUCGGAGGAUGGAAGUUUUCCCCUUGCUCUUAUUUCUGUCCCUCUGGUGGUCUCGAACCUGGGACCUGGCGACCGCUGAUUCCAUCAUCCACAUCGGAGCAAUUUUUGAUGAAUCUGCUAAAAAAGAUGAUGAGGUAUUCCGCACAGCAGUUGGUGACCUCAAUCAGAAUGAGGAAAUUCUUCAGACUGAGAAAAUCACAUUUUCAGUGACAUUUGUUGAUGGAAACAACCCUUUCCAAGCUGUUCAAGAAGCUUGUGAACUUAUGAACCAGGGCAUCUUGGCCCUAGUCAGCUCCAUUGGUUGCACAUCAGCCGGAUCCCUCCAGUCUUUGGCAGAUGCCAUGCAUAUCCCACACCUCUUCAUUCAGCGCUCAACAGCUGGGACCCCAAGGAGUGGCUGUGGGCUCACCCGGAGCAACAGGAAUGAUGACUAUACUCUUUCAGUUCGUCCACCUGUCUACUUAAAUGAAGUCAUCCUGAGGGUAGUCACAGAGUAUGCAUGGCAGAAAUUCAUCAUCUUCUAUGACAGUGAAUAUGAUAUCCGUGGAAUACAGGAGUUUUUGGACAAAGUAUCUCAGCAGGGAAUGGAUGUUGCCCUUCAAAAGGUGGAAAACAACAUCAAUAAAAUGAUCACCACCCUCUUUGACACCAUGAGGAUAGAGGAGUUGAAUCGCUACCGAGACACUCUUCGUAGAGCCAUCCUUGUUAUGAAUCCUGCCACAGCCAAAUCCUUCAUAAGUGAGGUGGUGGAGACUAACCUGGUUGCUUUUGACUGUCACUGGAUCAUUAUAAAUGAGGAAAUAAAUGAUGUGGAUGUCCAGGAACUUGUCAGAAGGUCCAUUGGAAGGUUAACAAUUAUCCGGCAGACAUUUCCAGUUCCCCAGAAUAUAAGUCAGCGCUGUUUCCGUGGCAACCAUCGAAUCUCUUCAACACUGUGUGAUCCCAAAGAUCCCUUCGCUCAGAAUAUGGAGAUUUCUAACCUUUACAUCUACGACACGGUGCUUCUGCUCGCAAAUGCUUUCCAUAAGAAGCUGGAGGACCGCAAGUGGCACAGCAUGGCGAGCUUGUCCUGUAUCAGAAAAAACUCAAAGCCCUGGCAGGGAGGGCGGUCCAUGCUGGAAACUAUCAAGAAGGGUGGAGUUAAUGGAUUGACUGGAGACCUAGAAUUUGGAGAGAAUGGAGGUAACCCCAAUGUGCACUUUGAAAUCCUUGGAACCAACUAUGGAGAAGAACUUGGCAGAGGUGUCCGUAAACUUGGGUGCUGGAAUCCUGUCACGGGUCUGAAUGGGUCACUGACUGACAAGAAACUGGAGAAUAACAUGCGGGGCGUGGUUCUACGUGUGGUGACUGUACUGGAGGAGCCUUUUGUAAUGGUCUCUGAAAAUGUCUUGGGAAAACCGAAGAAAUACCAGGGCUUCUCCAUUGAUGUUUUGGAUGCCCUAUCUAACUACCUGGGUUUUAACUAUGAAAUUUAUGUUGCGCCUGACCACAAAUAUGGAAGCCCACAGGAAGAUGGGACAUGGAAUGGAUUGGUAGGAGAACUUGUUUUUAAGAGAGCUGACAUCGGGAUUUCUGCUUUAACCAUUACUCCAGAUAGAGAGAAUGUUGUGGAUUUUACAACACGUUACAUGGACUACUCAGUGGGGGUCCUACUUAGAAGAGCAGAAAAAACAGUGGAUAUGUUUGCCUGUCUUGCACCAUUUGAUCUAUCUCUAUGGGCCUGCAUUGCUGGCACAGUUCUUCUUGUCGGACUACUGGUCUACCUCUUGAACUGGCUUAAUCCCCCACGAUUGCAAAUGGGAUCAAUGACAUCUACUACACUCUACAACUCCAUGUGGUUUGUGUAUGGAUCCUUUGUUCAGCAAGGUGGGGAAGUCCCAUACACAACUCUGGCAACUCGAAUGAUGAUGGGGGCAUGGUGGUUAUUUGCUCUGAUUGUCAUCUCAUCAUACACAGCAAACCUUGCUGCUUUCCUCACCAUCACCCGCAUUGAGAGCUCCAUCCAGUCUCUUCAGGAUCUGUCUAAGCAAACAGAUAUUCCGUAUGGCACAGUCUUAGACUCUGCAGUCUAUCAGCAUGUCCGCAUGAAGGGGCUGAAUCCUUUUGAGAGGGACAGCAUGUAUUCCCAGAUGUGGAGAAUGAUCAACCGAAGCAACGGGUCAGAGAACAAUGUUCUGGAGUCCCAAGCAGGCAUUCAAAAGGUAAAGUACGGAAACUAUGCUUUUGUAUGGGAUGCAGCUGUAUUGGAAUAUGUGGCUAUCAAUGACCCAGACUGCUCCUUCUACACUGUGGGGAAUACCGUUGCUGACCGGGGGUAUGGCAUCGCACUGCAGCACGGCAGCCCCUACCGAGAUGUGUUUUCACAAAGGAUCCUGGAGCUGCAGCAGAGUGGAGACAUGGACAUCCUGAAGCACAAGUGGUGGCCUAAGAAUGGCCAGUGUGACCUGUACUCCUCAGUAGAUGCGAAGCAGAAGGGAGGAGCCCUGGACAUAAAGAGCCUGGCCGGCGUAUUCUGCAUCCUGGCCGCAGGGAUCGUGCUCUCCUGCCUCAUAGCGGUGCUGGAGACGUGGUGGAGCAGGAGGAAGGGCUCACGGGUCCCAUCCAAAGAGGCGCCAGCCCUGCAAAAUGAAACUGCAAUGCCUGAAAGAAGCAAUGCUUGGCCAUUAAGGCCAUGUUUGAAACUUGGUGGUAAUACCUGGAAAAACCAGGCAUCCAGCCGUAGCCUGCACCAGUCUUCACAACUAGGAAGGCCUCUUGAUGACCCGUAACCUCUACCAACCCUGGAGCUACUGAGCCUUUACCCACCUCUUGAUUUCAGGACUCAUUUGAUCCUGAGGACCACAAACUGGUGAGCUGCUGUGCUGUCUCCUAAAUUUAAAAUUCUUCUUCCAUUCAAGAAGCUGUCUUCACCAGACUGUAAGCCCUGCUACACUUCUCCUCUUGAAGAGUAGCAAACGACCACUGCUCUCUGGUCCUGAGUCUAGCCUGGACCGGUCCUUUAGCCUGGGAACGAUGAUCCUUGUCCAUCGUGGACUGUUUGCCAAUGUGUCUUGGUGUAGAGCAUCCAAACUGAGGUCCAAGUCUGAAUCACAGCGGUGGUGCCCUCUUGCCCCCAGCUCCGACCUGGUCAAGAAUCACCUGGGUUCUCAGAUGACCAGGAUACAGGGAGGUGUGAAGGACCAAGGAGAAUGUGCCUUGGCAAACUAAACCAGAGAAAAAUAGAACUCUCUUCCAACUCUCACUGAAUCAGUUGUGACUGUGAUUAAUCAUAUUUUGUCAUAAAUUCCUCUCCAUAUUACUAAAAUAAUACCAUAUUCAUAUUUAUGAGAGGUUUAAUUUUCUCCAUGCAAAAAGACAUUGCCUUUACUCAAAGACCAAAAUGUAUACAUUUUACAUGAGUUCUUGGCUAAUGGAGAGCCUCUAACUUGAAUACAUAGAAAGUAGAUUUUUUUUCAUUGUAGACAAGGAUCACUUGGAUGCUAUUCUCUACUUUAAUGUUGUAGUGCUGGUAUAUACCACCCUUCCACGAAGAAAGCUGAGUUUCCCCCAGGUCUAUUCCGUGAAAACAACCUCUUUCCAACAAAAUUCAGAAGCUGUUUAUGAAACAUACAAUGCCCUUAUGAACUUAACUUUGAAAAAGAUCUAGCACUGCACUGAAUUCUGGGAAUACAAUGAGUAAGUCAUGUUCUUGCCUCAAGAAGUUUGCAGUCCAAUGAGGAGGUCAGAUAAGCUAGCCUAGGAAGCACUGUAGCUGUGCAGUGGUAGUCAUGGGAUUGCACCUCUGCUCCUUGAUGCCAGGGAGCCCUGGACAAUCUUCUAAUAUCCAAAAUUGAAAGCCAGCUUGCAGACAUCUUGCUCCUUUAGAGUCCCUGCAAGUUGUGACCCAGCAGUCUCUAGUGGCUAAAGCAUUAGUUCCAAGCCACCCGACUUCUAGACAAGUUAUAUACCUGCUUACAGUGCACUUUUCCCAAUGUGCAAACUGGAGACUCUCCUGCAGUAGCUUAAUGUAAAAAGCAGACUGCCAAGUCAGAAGAUGUGGUACUAAGUUUAGUUCCUGCUAUUUACUAUGGCUGAGGGCAAAUCACUUGCGCUCUAUGGUCUUUGGUGUCUAGCAUUGACAAAUGAAAAUAAAAGCAUUAUCUCCUGUUCCUACCUCAGAAGGUUGUUGUGAGAAGUGAGACUGUACAUGAAAGAACCUUUUAGCUGUCAGCUUUUCAUCACCAUCGGUUUUUGAUCCUUGCUACCAAAUACAAUGCCAGCAUUUGUCACAAGGGCAUACUCUUAUUCUGCCUUUACCCUGAACAAUGGAAUGGUACAAGGAAGAUCGAGGUCAUUACUUCCUGGAUAUCUGGUUUCAACAUGGGAAUGGGAAUGCUUUCCAGAAUGACAAAGGUAAAGAAUAAGGAGCAAAGCCAGGACCCUACUGUCACACUGGCACGCCACCGUUGACACACAGCAACACACGGGACUGCCAGCCUCCUUCACAAAAGUCUGUCCCUAAGGUUUGUGGCAGAGAAUCAAUCCUUGGUUCCAGAAAACCAGCCGCACUGUCGUAGUUCAUGGUAUCACCUUAUCUAUCACUGCCCGAAGUAUCACCAACCUCUCUAAUGGAGCACAGGCCUCCCCAAGUAAACUAAUGGAUUAUUUAUUCAAAAGGGACAAUAAUCCAGAUAAAUAAAGUAUAAGCUGUCCACAACUGCCUGAUCUAUUACAAUUGGACUAGCAGAGAAAAUUUCUAGAUAUGAAUUAAAGCAAGAAAGUGAUGACAUGUUUAUUUUUUUAUCAUUUAAUCCUCACAUCAACUUAGCUUUUAGCAUUAUGAUUUUUACUUGACUACUCUAUCUGUCCAACAGAAUGAGGAUAAGAUUUGCUCCUGAUAACAAGUCUUAGAUAUCUCAUUUAUGUACACAAACAGACACACACACACACACACAUAAGCACACACAUGGGCACAGGUACAUGUAUACUCCCAAACACAGGCACAUGAGCAUACACACAAAUAGGCACAAGCAUAUGUCCAUGCACACACGCAUUCACAAAUAUACAAACACAGGCACAGGCAUCUGUAUCCACAAAGGGCAAAGGCACAUGUACAUCUGUACAUCUGUAAACCCAGGCACAUGAACAUACAUAUCAUAUCAUAUUAUAUCAUAUGGCCGAGGAACAGGGAAGAAUGCCACCAUUUUGAUGUGGGAUGUCUCUCUGUAUGCUGUGAAUAUGUUUUAUUACCAUUGGUUAAUAAGGAAGCUGAUUUGGCCAACAGUCAGGCAAAAUAGGGCCAGGCGGGAAAUCCAAACAGAGAUACAGGAGAAGAAGGGUGAAGUCUGGGAGAUGCCAGCUGCCACCCAAGGAGCAACAUGCCAGAAUCCCACUGGGAAGCCACAGGCCACAUGGCUAUACAUAGAUUAAUAGAAAUGGGUUGAUUUAAAGAGCUAGUCAGUAAUAAGCCUGAGUCAUUGGCCAAACUUUUAUAACUAAUAAAAGCCUCAGGAACUGGUGGGCAGGAGAGAAACCUCCAGUUACACCAUUUUCUUGUCUCUAUGCAUGGCUGACCCUGACUGGACUUUAUUGCUGAUGAUUUAACAUGGAUUCUGGAAUGGUUGAUCUAAUUUGAGGUCACUAUCACUGAAUGUGCCCUAAUCUACCCCAAGAUAACACCCUGAUUCCAUUUCAGUCUUAUGUAGAAGUUUAAGUAGAAGUUAGAAUCUGAUGGAGCCGCUGAUACCCAGUAAUUCUUAAUCAAAGGGAGAGCUUUCCCCUCAAAAUUUCUCCAAAGCUCAUAACAUCUUCCAUGUUCCCCAAGACUAACUUCACAUUUUCUAUCAGUGUCAUCUUGGGUCAAUAGAGCGAUGGUUACGUACAGGAGAUCUGACAGAAUUGUGACCCCGAAGAGUCCCAAACCCCAAAAAGAAAACUUUCCAUUGUCCUCAUUCCUCAAGAUCCUAGAGCAAGGAAGGAAGAAUAUGGGUAAAAAGUUCAUUCGGUGUUAAAUCAUUUUUAGUGUAAAAUACAAAUCAUCCACAAUCUCCUCCUUGCUGUGAGUGACAUUAGCUAACCAAAUACAACGUCCACUGGGCUGAAAAGUCCUUAAGAUAUUGACACUACAGUGUCAGUACCUAAAAUAAGUUGAAAACUUAAAACAAUGUCUUCUAUUAUAGCUCAUACCCACCACUUGCUUCGGGAAUGAAGCCAGGCAGACUCAAAGCAGCAACCACCCAAGGUCAGAGGCAUUGGGCCAAAGGACCCAGCAAAGAGCAGACCUGAGCCAGCAGGGAAAGCUGUCACUGAAAUGGCAGCCAUGCUUACAGAACAAGAUGUUCUACAGAUCAGGGGGCUAAGGAAGAGUAGACAGAUCGAGGCAGGAAGGCAAAUUAAGAUGUUGGAACAUGCAUGGGUUGAGGAAAAGUAGGCAAAGGAUGCAUCACCCACUCCACACAGCGUUUGUCCCACAGUGGUUGUUCCUGUGGCUGCCAGGAUUAUGUCAUAGUUCUUUUCUACGAAUUAAAAUCCUCACUAUUACUGAUGUUGUUUAACAUAGUCAAUCCAGAACAGAAAAUAUUUCCUUAUCCCAGGCAU